AGUGUUUCCUUAGCGACAAAUUUCUUUGGUGAGUAGGUUUCCAACCAAAAUAGAAAGGUAAGUUUCAGCUUUUAGAAAUAGUUCAUUAUUCUUUAGUCGGCUUGCUAUGAUAAAAUGUUUAUAAAAUAUCGUAGAUUGAAAAAACCAAGGUGAAUUUGUUUGAACUUGGUUAGAAACGCGAGUUUAUUAUUGUUUGUGUUAUAAUAGCCUGAUUAUCGCCCAUAAUUAUUUCUAAAAAUAUGUUCCUCUAAUAGAUACACCGAAAAUGAGCGAUGAGCCAUACUAUUGUUCUGCCCAAAUAAACAUUCCUCCAGAGUUUCCUGAGAUUUUAAAACAAUUUACAAAAUCUGCCAUAGUAACACAACCUAAAGAUGUUUUAGCUUGGGCGGCAGGAUAUUUCAGGGCUUUGGCAAAUGAAGAAGUACCGCCGGUUAAACAGAGAAUUGAACUACCAACAGUAACUCAAAAAUUCGACAGCGGUCUCACUCCGGGAAAUCUAAGAAUUUUAAAUAAGCAAUUGGGACCGAAAAAGACGGUUGAAAUUGAUACAAUUCUAGAUUAUUGGCAAGUUUUACAUCUACCCAAGGAAACAUUUGACGAAAUUAGUAGGAUUGGUAAUUUUACUGGUGAAGUUAAUUGGCUAAACUUUUUCGCAAUAGCAAUUAGUAACAUAAACGAAAAUCUUACGGAUUCUAUGAAAUUGUUAUGCGAACAAUUAACGGCCGAUCCGGAAGGCGGAGCUGCAAAGAUUCCAAUGCAAUUGUUCGUCGACCUCUACAAGUAUUUGGUUAAAAUUGACGGAGAAAUUUCUGAUAGUACAGUAGAUACUGCACUUAAUCAUCUGUACUAUAUGUCAGAGAAACAAGAUGGAAUGAUUAUGCCGAGGAAUUUUAUAGCUCCGGAGUGCCCUCCUCUGUACUAA